GUGACCCUGACCUUCCCGUCGGCGUCUACGGGUGGCGGCGAGGGACCCGACACGGCGAUUGUGACGUAGCCGCCGGGGCCACGCGUUCCUGCAUGGAACGUCGCAACAUCGAGAGACGUCUUAACGACAAGUGAAUGGAAACUUUUAAUGCCGAAUAAAAAACAAGAGCCCGUGUGCGAUGUAAUAAUAAUGCAUCGCUCCAUGGGACAGCUGCAGGCAUUAGGUUAGCAGGUGCAAGUUGAGCUGAUGAUUCCGAGUAUAAAACCAGCUUUAAUCCGUGUGGUUAAAGAUCACUGUGUGAUUCGCACAGUUGUGGGUUUGGGUAGUAGCAAGAGUUGGAGUCGACUGAUGAUCCCCAUUAAGGGGGUCACUAAUAUAGCGCGUCAGCGUGUUGAAAAAGGCAUACUUGCAAAUUAUUACUGAGGGGAAACAGUCGUAAGGAAAACCCUAAGACUAAAGGUCACCUCUUAAAUCACCCUCCCCCCCAAGUUCAAAUUCUGUGAACGCAAAACAAGCCCAGAGAUCUGAAGGGGAAACCUCGGAGCUGGCAACAAUGCUCACGAUCAGAUCCCACCUCGUCAGGUACACACGGGAUACAGAGUGCGUGGCUUUAUUGGACAAUCUCAUCCAGAUAACAUGAACAUACCUGGCCCUUAAUACCUCAUGGUUCUUCAUUCCGAACAUGACCCUCCAAAACAGUGUAAAUAAAAAAUAAAGCUUCACGCCGUCCUAACGUAAUAACCAACAGAGCCAACAAACGUCUCGCCUCCCUCAAAAGUAACACAUUCCAGUCGAACAGAUUAUCACCUUCAUCUCAUUCUUAAAACAUAAUAAUCAUCGUGUCGUCUAACACCUUGUCAUCUUUACAAAAACUCCGCGCGCGCACAAUCUAUUUCCAACGUCUGGCAAACCCCUAAUACUGUAACAUAAAAGCCGCCACCACCAACGACCACAUCAUCAUCAUCUUCUUCUCACAGAUGCCGACCAAUCUCCGUCUCCCUCUACAAUAAAUAAAUAAAAAUCCCCUCCACCACCACCAUCAUCAUCAUCCCCGCCCGUCGCAUGCGCACUGGGCGGGCGGGAGUGCAGCAGCAGCAGUCGCUAAGCGGGGCCUGGCGGCCGGCGCUGCUGCUACUGCUGCUCCUCCUCCUCCUCUUGAACCUUGAACCUCUCCAUCUGCUGCCAAGCCACAACAGUCACCACCAUCACACCGGGACCAUCUCACGGCCAUCAACACAGCCGUCGUCACCGUCGUCGUGGUUAGCGAGAGAGAGAGCGAGCGAGCGGUGGGGUCCAGCGAGCCGGGGAGGCUGCGCCUGGGAGGACCCCGCGGCCUGGCCGCUCGGGGCUCCGACCUUUGUGCCUCUGGCGCGUCCCGCCUCUCUUCUUCGAAUUCUUUCAAUUCGUCUCGUUCGGGUUGUUUUGUCCUGUUCGUGUUUUGGCUUCGGGGUUGUGCGAGCACGAAGCAAGAGAGGGAGACACGCGGCGAAGCAGCCUCGCCGCCUGCCGCCACACGCGCGCGCAUCUCCUGCGGGGAAGGGGGCGAGGCGAGAGACCACCAGGGCAGAGAGACGACAGGGGUGGUGGUGGUGGCGGCAUUAUUAUUAUCUCUGCAACACCACGCAGUCGACGUGGGGCUGUGCUGCCGUUAACAACUCGCUAGAGGAGGAGGAAGACGAGGUGGUGGUGGGGUGGUUCUGCCUCGCUCGGCCGGGCCCGCGGGUUUCCAUCACGGCGAACCCGGAGCAGAACUUGGGAAGUUCCAACGCCAGGUUUGGAAAUCGGCACUGAAGAUUCCAUAAUUUAACCACAGUGAAUACAUUACUUUGGGAAUUGGCCUUAAUACUACGGCAAGGUACACACGGGCUUGACUUACCAUCGCUAUAUUCGAAUUCUGGAUCUGGAUAAAGAAGAAUUCGGGAGCCCGGAAAUAAAAACUCGUCAAAAUAAAUUGACCUUAGGACUUGGGAACGCGAAGGUUAAAAUAAUUCUACCUGAACAAACCACAAUAUACAUCUACGUUGUUAAACUCGACCUCCAGGUAGAAUAAAUCCUCUUGCAGAUUCCCCAAGUACAGCUCGGGAUCUGAUUAAACCGAAUCGGGAAAGCCAGAUAUCAACUUAAGGAAUCUGUAGUUCAGAAUCAAGGGUCAUAAAACUCCACCUCGCCAUUGUAUAAAAGUCUAAACCGAAUUAUCCGUACACCGAACCGGGACCUCCAUCGCGAGAGGACUGCCGAGAGAAGUCUGCAUUUGGACGCUUUGCCGUCCGUGCGUCUGUGACCGGCGCCCACACAAAUCGUCCGCGAGCACGCGAGGCGCGGGCCAGAGAGUCCCCGGUGGAGCCGCCGAGGCCAUGGAGAUGGUGGAGGAGGGCCCGGCCCCACCACGUGUAGGCCGCGCGGGCGAGGUGGCGGGCACGGUGCGGUAGGCACCCCCACCACCACCACCCCCACCACCACCCACCCAGCGCUCGAGACUCGCCUCCGUCGCCGCCUUCCAGCCCCUCGGUUUGGCGGCACUCCGUCGUCUUGUCGAGAGAGACCCCGGCGAAGAGGAAGGAGGUGGCCGGCGGUGGAUGUGACGAGGGUCUUCUCUGUUGUGCGUGGGCCCGCCGCCAACCUUCCUUGUGUUGUGUUGAAGACACGCGCACAAACCUCCUGCAACUACUACAGUACUUGUAACUAUCGCGACGGUGCCAUCACCGUCGCCCCAUCUCCGUGCGUGCGUCCCGGCGAGAGAAUCGCCACCAACGCUGCUGGAUCUUUACCGUCGGACUAACGCGCUCUAUACAGUACAACACUGUACUACAGUACACGCCGAGCGCUGGGACAGAGGAGGCGGUAGGGAGAGGCUUUCGCAUGUAGAGGAAGGAUCAGCCCCGUGUGCCUCAGUGUGUGUGUGUGAGUGCCGUGUGUUGAGAGAAAGAACGAGAGAGAGGCACGAUGCAGCCAGUCUACGACUUCAGCAGCGACGAGGCGGCCUCGAAAUGGCGGGGACUGUUCAUCGCGGCCCUGCGCAAGGUGCAGAGGCAGGUGCACCCGAACCUGACCGCCAACGACGACGCGCUGCGCUACAUCGAGGAGCUCAUCCUGCAGCUGCUGAGCAUGCUGUGCGUGACGCAGCCGCGCAACGUGCAGGACGUCGAGGAGCGUGUCCAGAAGACCUUCCCGCACCCGAUUGAGACGUGGGCCAUCGGGGACGCCCAGUCGGCCAUCGAGAAGAGGAAGCGGAGGAGCCCCCUCCUGCUCCCCGUCGACAAGAUACACCCGCUCCUCAAGGAGGUGUUGGGCUACCGGAUCGACCACCAGGUGUCCACCUACAUCGUGGCCGUGCUCGAGUACAUCUCAGCCGACAUCCUCAAGCUGGCCGGCAACUACGUGCGCAACAUCCGACACUUUGAGAUCACCCAGCAGGACAUCAAGGUGGCCAUGUGCGCCGACAAGGUGCUGAUGGACAUGUUCCAGCAGGACGACGACGCCGACCUGUCCAGCGUGCUCUCGGGCGACGAGGAGCCGAGCGCGGCGUGCGAGCAGACGUACGACGAUCUGGUGAAGGCGCUCAUCGCCGAGGAGCGGCAGUACUUGCGCGAGCUCAACCUCAUCCUGCGCGUCUUCCGCGAGCCGCUCGCGUCAUCGCCGGGCCUCUUCUCCUCUCAUGACUUGGACAUGGUGUUCAGCCGCAUCCUGGAUGUGCACGAGCUGACCGUGAAGCUGCUGGGCCUCAUGGAAGACACGGUGGAGAUGACAGAUGAGAGCAGCCCUCACCCGCUCGUGGGCAGCUGUUUCGAGGACAUGGCUGAGGAGCAAGCGUUUGACCCCUACGAGAUCUACACGCAGGAGAUCCUGCGCUCUGGCUACCACGACCACUUCCUCGGCCUCAUGUCCAAGCCUGGGGCCGCAAACUACCUCCGCUCGAUUGGUGAGGGCUUCAAGGAGGCAGUGCAGUACAUGCUCCCGCGUCUGCUGCUGCGCCCGAUCUACCACUGCCUGCACUACUUUGAGCUACUCAAGCAACUGGAGGAGAAGAGCGAGGAGGAGGAGGACCGCGAGUGCCUGAAACAGGCCAUCACGGCACUGCUCAACCUGCAGAGCAGCAUCGAGCGCACUUGCGCACGCCACCUGCCCAAGCGCCGUCUCAGCGAGCCGGCGCACCGCUUCUACAUGAGCCCCAUGCGCAGCAAGCACCUGGCCCUGCGGCGCAUGCACGAGAUCCAGAAGAGCAUCGAUGGCUGGGAAGGCCGCGACAUCAGCCAGUGCUGCAGCCAGCUGCUCACAGAGGGGCCCCUGGCGCGCGCCGGCGCCAAGCACGAGCGCUACGUCUUCCUGUUCGACGGGCUGCUCGUGAGCUGCAAGCCGCUCGGCCACCACGGUCCGCCGCGCCUGCCGGGCUCCAGCAGCAGCUCCGAGUACCGACUGAAGGAGAAGCUGCAGGUGCGCAAGGCGCGCAUCACGGACAAGGACGACUCCUCCGACUACCGCCACGCCUUCGAGAUCACGUGCCGCGACUCGGACGGCGCCUCGGGCCUGGCGGGACUGCCUCCCGGCGGCCCCGGCGUGGCGGCCGGCCUGGCCUCGGGCGGCGUUCUCUCUUCCGCCGGCAGCCUCCUGCCGGGCCUGCCGGGCGGCGGGGGCGGCGGCGCGGGCGGAGGGCCCGGCGGGGGCGGGGGGCUCGGCGGCGGCGGCGGCGUCUGCAUGGUGAGCGGCGGCGUGAUGAUGAUGGGCGGCGGCGGCGGGAUGGGCGGCGCCGGGAUGAUCGUCAUCGGGGGCAACGGCGGCUACGGCUACGGCGGAUCGGGUGGCGGAGGAGGCAGCGGUGGCGGCACGUCGAUCGUGUUCUGUGCGCGGACGGCCGACGACAAGGACGCGUGGAUGGCGGCGCUGAUCGCGCUGCAGUACCGCAGCACCCUGGAGCGCAUGCUCGACGCCGCGCUGGCGCAGGAGGAGAAGGAGCGGCCGCUGCGGCUGCCGGCGCCCAGCGACUACCGCUUCGCCCUGGAGGACUCGGACGAGAACAUCUUGUUCGAGGAGAGCGUCCAGGCCAAGUCGGGCAUUCCCAUCAUCCGCGGAGGCACCGUGCUCAAGCUCAUUGAGAGGCUCACGUACCACAUGUACGCAGAUCCAAACUUUGUGCGAACCUUCCUGACCACGUACCGCUCGUUCUGCAAACCCCAGGAGCUGCUGGAUCUGCUCAUCGAACGGUUCAAGAUCCCCGACCCAAAGCCGUCAGACGCCGACCGCCUGGCGCUGGAGCAGGGAGAGCAGCCGAUGAGUGCCGAGCUGAAGCGCUUCCGCAAGGAGUACGUGCAGCCCGUGCAGCUCAGGGUGCUGAACGUGUGCCGCCACUGGGUGGAGCACCACUUCUACGACUUUGAGCGCGACCCGCAGCUGCUCAGCACCCUGGAGGACUUCAUCCGGGAGGUCCGGGGCAAGGCGAUGCGCAAGUGGGUGGAGUCCAUCACCAAGAUCAUCCAGCGCAAGACGCAGGCGCAGACGCAGCCCAACGGGCCGAGCCACAGCCUCACGUUCGAGAGCUCCCCGCCGCCCGUCGAGUGGCACAUCAGCCGGCCCAACCAGGCGGACAGCUUCGACGUGCUCACGCUGCACCCCAUCGAGAUUGCGCGCCAGCUCACGCUCAUCGAGUCCGAGCUCUACAGGGCGGUGCAGCCCUCUGAGCUCGUGGGCAGCGUGUGGACCAAGGAGGACAAGGAGAUCAACUCCCCGAACCUACUGCGCAUGAUCCGCCACACCACCAACCUCACGCUGUGGUUCGAGAAGUGCCUCGUGGAGGCGGAGAACUUUGAGGAGCGCGUGGCGGUGAUGACGCGCAUCAUCGAGGUGGCGCAGGUCUUCCAGGAGCUCAACAACUUCAACGGGGUCCUGGAGGUGGUGAGCGCCAUGAGCUCGGCGCCAGUCUACCGCCUGCACCACACGCUCGAGAAAGUAGCGGAGAGCAAGAGGAAAGCGCUGGAUGAGGCGUCGGAGCUCAUGGACGAUCACUACAAGAAGUAUCAGCUCAAGCUGCGCUCCAUCAACCCGCCCUGCGUGCCGUUUUUCGGAAUCUACCUUACGAACAUUCUCAAGACGGAGGAGGGAAACCCAGACUUCCUGAAGCGGCACGGCAAGGAGCUCAUCAACUUCAGCAAACGUCGCAAGGUGGCGGAGAUCACGGGCGAGAUCCAACAGUACCAGAACCAGCCGUACUGCCUGCGCACCGAGCCCGACAUACGGAGGUUUUUUGAGAACCUGAACCCGAUGGGCAACAUGGAGGAGAAGGAAUUCAUGGACUACCUCUUCGACGAGUCGCUGAAGAUCGAGCCUCGCCACGCCAAGCAGCCCACGAGAUUUCAACGUCGCACGAAUUUCCCGCUGAAGUCGCCGGGCAUCCGCCCGCGGCACACCUCCGCGUCGGGCACGCUGCGCGGGCACCCCAUCGCGCUAGAGCGCGAACCGCGCAAGAUCAGCUACAGCCGCAUCCCUGAGAGCGACGGAGAGACGGCGGGCGCCGCCUCGACGCCCAACUCGCCCAACACGCCGCUCACGCCGCCACACUCGGCCGCCUCCGACACGGGCUCCGUGUUUGGCGAGGGAGAGAGCUCCACCUUCCCGACCACGCGAUCCCCGUCCAUCUCGAGUUUGUCCCGGGCGGAGGAGUGCUGCGUGCCUCCACCCCUUCCCCCUCGGCGGCGUCCCGACCUCGCGCCCACCGAGUCCUCACCUUCCAAGAUGAUGCCCAAGCCUCCCGAUAGCCCCCCCGCCAUCCCGCCGCGCCUGCCCACGCGCCUCUCCUACCACCGCUCCUCGCUGCCGCAGAGCUCCCCGCCGCCGCCCCCGCCGCGCGAGCCGCGCUCGCACACCCCUCCCCCCGUGCCGCUGAGGCCGCCCGAAACCUUCGUCAACUAUCGCCCGCCCGAGUCCUUCGGCUCGGCCUGCUGCUCCUUCCCCUCGCUGCCCCCGACGCCGCCGCCGCCUCCGCCGGCCUCCACCACGACGACGACGGCGUCAACGACGACGCAGCCCGUGACGUCGACGGGCCAGCAGUCGCCCUUCCCGCUGGCCCCGGUGCCGCCGGGCCGCCUGCCGCGCUUCUGCAACCCGUCGUCCGCGCCGCCCCCGCCCCCGCCCCCGCCGCCGCCGCCUCCGCCGCUCAAGACGUUCCCGCAGAACCUCUCGUACCAAGACGCCGACGAGUUCCCGCCGCCCUCGCCGGGGCCGCCCCUGCCUCCGCGACCCACGCCGCCCGGCGGCGGCGUCGUCGCGGCCUCGAGCGGGGGCGCGACGGGAUCCGGCUCGGCCGCCACCCCGCCGUCGCUGCAGUCGUCGUCGUCCUCCGCCUCCUUCGCCGCCUCCUCCUCCCCGUCGCUGUCGUCGCUCUCGUCGUCGGCGGCGGCGCCGUUCUCGUCGUCCGCGCCGUCCUCUGCGGCGAACGCGCAGGCGCCCCUGCCCAAGCUGCCCCCCAAGACGUACAAGCGCGAGCUGUCGACGCCGCCCACGCCGCGCGCGCGGGCAACCUCGCAGGAGGCCCCCUAGCGGAGAGAAAAAAACACACAGCCGCGAAUCAAGACGGCGACGUGACAUAAAGAAAAAAACACAAACUGUUGUAAAAUAAUCAUAACGUUAUUAUGAAUAAUAAUUAUGAUAGUAAUAAUGCUCAUAAUAAUAUUAGUAAUAAUUACGAUAAUAUAUAAAACGAUCUUUAAAAAUCAAGAGUUCGCAAACUAACACUGUCGAGAAGGCGGAAGAGCAGCAGCAGCAGGAGGAACGUGCGUUAUCGUCGACCAGCGCCGAGCGCUGUAGCGUCGUCAUCGUCUUUGAGGAGCGAGCGAGGACCCCCCCCCCCCCCGGCCACGGGGCGCCCAGACCCCCAGCCGCAAGCAACCCCAACCGCAAGCACCCUGCCCAACUUAAACGGCACAACAAGCCUGACGGUUUAUUUUUUUAUUUCUUUACGCAUUUUGUAUUUUAUUUCUAAUUAGUUUUUGUCGCAGAUGAUGUUCAUGUUUUUUUGUAUCGGUAUUAUUUUAUUGGUCAUGUUUAAUUGUAUUAAUCUCAAACAAGAAAAAAAACAUUUGUCCAUCUGAGCCAGAUACGGUUUUUUUGCUCAGUAACGAGCGAGCAUGACGACUGUGAAAUUCCGCGCAACUCAAACGGCCCGGAUAGUUUUAUUUUUGGUCGUUGGUGUGUUUUUAAUUUUAUUUCAUACAAAAAAAAUCACGUGUUUACUUUUUUUUAUUUGUUAUUGUACACAAAUCGUGGCGGGGUUUCUUCCUCUCCGGCGCCUUUGAUUUUGGUUCAAAUGAGGCGAGCCGGGAAGGGCGCUCCCCGCGUCCGCCAUCGUCGCGGGCCAGGUGGAGAGACGGCAGCCGGCCCUGCGACACUGCAUGCUGUAUCCUGUACACAAUCGAACACCGCCUCUCGGGUUUGUUUUUCUCUUUGCUCGUUAUUACAAAGGUUUCUUUUGAUUUUUUUAAUGUUCAUAAUGUUGAAAUCACUGCGUGCGUCCGCAGCAAACUGGAGCAGUGCUUCGUAAAAAAAAAAAGCAAAACAAGAGAAGGUUCGGUUUGCAUUUGAGACAAAGCCGAGAGCUCCGCACUCCUGAGUUGUCAUCUCCGUGUGUCGGCGUCGGGUCCUCAUCAGACACGCGAACGCCCGGUUCUGCCAGGGUCCUCGCAACGCCAUCGCCUUCGCCGUUCCCAUGCGGCCGCCCCCCCCCGUGGAAAAAAACUAAAAUUUGUGAUAAGAAUUUUUAUGAAUAUUUGUUCGGCUCGAAAAAAGAAAACUUGGCGCAUCGUGAUGUUGACUUGAAGCAGUGGCGCAGAUGUUUGCGCCGGGAAAUAGUGUCUGUGGCAGGAGCAAGAGAGAUGAGAGAGGAGAGAGAAGAGAGGGAGACACAAGUGAGAGAGUCGAGGGAUGAUCGGUUAGGGACAGGGGGUGACUUGCACCGAGCACAGUUAUCACGCAUCUCCCCCGCCCACCAAUACAAAUGAAUAUUUCUUGUUCCUUCUCGGCUGGAACCCAGAGUAGCACCCAUGGGCUUGGCCACUUUCAGCACAGGGCCGGGGGGGGGAGAGGGGGGUGUCAAAAGGGGUCUCGCGAUCCCAUCGUCACGACGGGGAGCAGCGUGCUUGAACCUCGCGCGUCCAGAGCGACUGCUCGCGGCCGCACGGGGAGGGGCAAAGCUUAAACGCAAUCGUGGAGUUACAAAGAGAAGAGGAAACGUUGUUACCUUGACUCUGGGAAGGCACCACCGUGCACCGUAACCUUGAGCGUCGCGCUCGGGCGACGGAAAGUGGUGAGAAGGGAGCAGCCCUGGACCGGCAAGGAAGCUGCCGGAGCCUCGCGUUCUGUUUCGACAAUGUAGGCACUUUUCCAAAUGUCGUUCCUUUUAUUUAUUUCUUUCCAUAUAUUUUUUAUAUGAACACUCAACCCCUGGUUUAUCCAUUGCCCUGCACAGCUCGAGUUUGUAUGACACAGCCUUAACAGCCAUUGUCUCUGGCUAAAAUCCCACAGCGAAAUUAUAUUUAGUUUUCUUGUUGUUGUCAGGUUGGGAUCGACACUGGAACCAGAACCUAGCGCCGCAGUGUCCUUAUUUAAGCCUCGUCUGUGUCCAGCGAUUGCCAUGACAGGUUACAGCUGGGGUUUCCUACGUUCAGUGUCGGCAGCACCCAUGUCAUUCACGAUGAGAGCAUCUUCCCCUUUACGGUUCGGUUUGCGGUGGAGAGCGGGGAACGUUCAACCCCGGAACGCUCAACUCCGGAACGGUGUCGUGUGCUGACCUACGAGCUGGCUGUGUUCCAAGGCCUCGUCUGCCCGUCGCCUUCAAUGUCACGUUUUCUUUCUGGAAGCUUCUUGUGUCUGCCAGGUUGUUGGGAGGAGAGAUGUGACCCCAGUGUGUACCAAGGAUGCAAAAUGUUUUAACUGCGACACGCACUCGCACAAGGCUCUUGACACAGCCUUGUGUUUUUAUUGUCAUUUUUUUUUCCCCAGCAACAUUUUACAAAAGGGCCUGUCUAGUUUUUUUUCUAUCGUUAAUAUUUUAUUCCCAGAUCCAUUGAUGAACAUGAUUAUGUAAUUUUCCUGACGGUGAAAGUUGCCGUAAAUCAUGCAGCGUUUGCGUUUUUGCCGUAGCCACGGACCUGCAUAUAAGCGACGUUAUUUCUUACAGCGCGGGAAGAAAAAUGUAAUUAAAUAAAAUGAGGGAAAACUGCAAUUU